AUGCUAGCAGCUUCCGAUCAUCACCAAGUGGAGACGGCAACAGUUGUUGAAGAUUCUCUUCGUCGUCGACGUGAACGGGGCCGACGGUCUCAAGCUAACUUUCGAAAACGUCAAGCUGAAGCUAACCAGCACAUACGAAAUCAAAAUCAACGACUCAAGGACGCGAUUGAGAAAUUAGUUAAUCUUACACGUGGUGAUGAGCAUCCAGAGUUGCUCAAUACAAUAUUCGACGUGGCAGAAGCUGCGGGUAUUGAUGCUAAAAAGCCUACACAUAUCGCUGUCCAACCUAUUUCCAAACAUGUUACUAGAAACAAACAAACCCUUAUGUCUACCGCCGAUGGUGAGGAAGACAUAGUUGUUAAAGGUACAUCUAGGGAUAUUAUCCAAAGAUCAAGUCGUAAAGAAAACUCUGGCUCCAGCUUUACCUCAUCACUGGCAUCUUUGCCUUCACCGCAAAGACUUACAUGCGGUAUAUGGCUAGACCAUCAACACUAUAUGCGGGUUAGUAUACCACCUGACGAUAUUAUACCAUACCUUGGUCCGGGAUCCAAGACUUUCGCAGGAAUCCUGUUUUGGUCCAUAAUGGACCACGCCCGGAAGCAAUGUACACGUAGUCACACAGAGACUACUACCUCUCUCAUUCAAAGAGCACUCGACCACUCGACAGCGACAGAGAACUGGACCAUUACAUACAUCUACGCAAUGGUCGAAGCGAGACAAGAGUACCGGCGCACGGGUUCAAUUAGCGCUCAAUAUGCAUCGGCUGCAGAACGAGACUUGCCAAAUCUGAUGCGUAAUCGGAUCGAUGCAGAUUAUCAUGCUCGAGGAAUAGACCCAAAUCAAUGGUUAUCCGCAAUGGGGAUUGAAGGGCGCGUAAAGAACAUGAUCGGAAAAGAUUCAUUUGCAAUUCUGGAGACUGCUGCAAAAGGUGAAGGCAGCCUUUCAUUACAAGAUUCACUCGAGGACAUGAAAUGCAAGCUCGCCGAGAACUGUGUUUGCUUUGGGGAUGGGCCUAGGUGGAAUGUUGACGUUGUCGAUGCGCUGUUUCUAGACUGGAUUUAUAAGACCUCUAGGUUAUCUCGCAAUUGA